AUGGAGCAGGUGAAGCUGCCCUUCUGUGGGGAGGGUAAGUCGGAGGCACCUCAGUCUCACCGCUUUUUGCAGGAGACCGCACUGAAACUGUCCUCGGAUUCUCAACGUACGGGUUAUGAGUCGGUCUGCGGUGAUCGCUCGCAGAUGUCGACCCCACCGACAAUUACCCCUCCAAAAAGCAGAAUGUCAUCAACCGCACAACAUCGUGAAGACGAAAGGCUGAUGAGAAGCAGCUUCCUAGCUGAAGCUGGCGAAUGUAUUCGUGCCUUGCAGGCAGUUUUCGAAAAUGCUCAUGCAUCUACGUUCCAGUCGCGCUUUGAGGACUGGCGUAAAGUUGAUCUGAAAGCCACUGCGCAGUUGCAGCAGCAUGUUAAGACAUUGCUGAAGCUGAAUGGGAGUCUUGAGGAUUUUUUGGGUCGGUGCUCGGCCGUUGAGACGUUUCAGGAGUUCCAUGGGACCAUGGACACCCUCUCACAGGCAAUCCUGGAAGUGAAGGAUUUCCGUGCAGACUUCACUUCAGCCGUUGAUCAAAUAGCCGAUGGCAUUACCCAGCGAGUUGCGACUUCCCUGCGCAGCUUUGAUGAAGAGAGAAACCUUUGGCUGCAGAAAACCCUGGAAACUCAGAGCCAGGUCCAGGAAAGCAUGAUCCUUACGCAACGAAAGAUCUGGAACCGCCUCGAGACUUUGGGUUAUUCCGUGGAUCAGCAGACGAAGGCGUCAAAGGCUCAAAAGGAGCAGCUGACGAGACUGGAGUCUGUGCAGUCUGCGAUACAACAAGACUGCCAAUCUCUGGUGGACUUGCAGCAGCACGUCUUCAAGAGUUUCAACAACUCUGCCGAGCAGCAGGAGUCUCUGCAGGAUAACAUCUUCAGCAACAUCGGGAGUGGAAUGGAGAAGUUGGAGUCCUACAUGGUGAACUCUUUGGGUUGGACCUCCGAGCUACCUUCGCUUUCUGCAGCUUUCAGCGGCCUGGAAGGCCGGUUGACAGACUGGGAGACCAAGUCACUGCAGGAGGCCAUGGACUUGCGUUUGGAGGUCUCCAGGUUGGAGAGCACUCUGCGUGAGACGGAGGGCGACCUGGGCCGGACUCGGCAAGAGAAGGCCGAGAGCCUUUCGCAGCAACAGCUUCUUAAUGGCCAGCUUGACUCCCUAAGGGACACAUUGCAGCAGACACACUCACAGCUUGAGACGGCAGAGCUGGCCUCCUUGUUGAACAGCAUGAAGCGGAUUCGGGAGAUUGAGACGAAGGGCCACGUGAAGCUUGAUCGGCAGUUUGGGCGGAUAGUGCUUCUCCAACAGCUGGCGUUCAGUCCAGCGGCCCCGCCUAAAGACGCCAAGCAAAGUCCACCAGUCUCCCUCGCAGAUGCGUCACAAGCCGAAGUGCUGGAUGACGUCUUUGAUGUUGUGAACAUGUUUCAUGUUCCUGUGAGCAUCACCAUCAGCCUCAAGAUGCCCAAGGGAGGUGACACGACAGUCUGGCAGGACAUGGCUGCCAAGCGAGCCCAGGUGUUGCGAAACUACCUGGUUGAUGCUGGGUUUCCAGAGGACAAGGUGCAAACAGGUGGUGCUGUGGGUGCCAGUGAGACACAGAUACAGCUACAAGAUUCCUCCGUUUUCCCCCCGAAGCCCCCAGCAAAGAAUGCAAAGUCGCCUCGCUAG